UGAUCUGCGUCAUGUUAUAACAUUGCUUGAUAAAUAAUUGAGGUGAAUGAUACUCGUGUCUCUAUUAGUUUCCAGAAAACAAAACUCGACUGCCUGAUUGUACCCUAAAUUGAUCUUAUAUAUUGUAGAAACAAAAAGCAAACAUAAACGGAUAUAGGUGAAACGUGCUAACUGUAAAAAGCUUCUGACUGAAUUUUAUAAACUGUUUUUAAGCCGACAUUAUGUCUUUGAUUCGCGGGUGUGGUAUUCUUGGUAUGCUACAAAUAGUGGCUGGUUUUUCUGUUACCGCAGGAAGACAACCGCCAGGAAAUGAUGGAACACCGGAAUUAAUAAUUGUUCAAUGUGAUUAUCCAAUCUGGGCAAGAGAUUUCACCGACCGUUUAAUGCCUCAACUCAAAUUUGAACCGGAAGAAUUUUGCUCAAUCAUCAGUUGGACAGAUAUGAAUAGCACCCCAUGGAACCUGACGUAUCGAAGAGUUGAAAGUAUGAUAUUAGGUGGAAAUAACGGUUAUAACAAUCAGUUAGUUAUAAAAGAUAUUGAAGGGGGAUAUCUUGGAAGAAAUUUCAAAAAUAUUGGUUAUCUUCAAAUAAGUGAUUUACCGUUGAAGAAUGUAACGAAACAACUGUUUGAAGGAAUGAACAGAUUAAAACAUUUGACUUUUAAAGUCAAAGUUGACUUCUUUCCCUUGGAUACUUUUAGCGGAUUAUCUCAACUGGUGUGGUUCACUUUCGAGGAUUCGAUGAUACGGGAGAUUUCCGCUGCUCAUUUCUGUCUCAAUAAACAACUCGCUUUUUUACAGUUAAGGCGGAAUUUCCUUAAAACUGUCAAUGGAAACCUCACGCAAAAUUGCAGUGGCUCUACAAUUAAUUCGUUAGAUCUUGGUGGAAACAAUUUUUCCUUUCUAACGGCUGGAAUGUUUAAGGAUUAUAAUGUGAAUGGAGUUUUGCAGAUUAGUAAUUGCUCAAUAAUUAGCAUCCAAAGAGAAGUUUUUAUUGGGCUCGAAAACUUGCUCGAUCUAGAUAUAUCUUAUAAUUUCAUUUCUGAAAUCCAUAACGGAACAUUUUCCCCGAUGAAUAACUCAAUUCAGAGAAUACAAAUGUCAAAUAAUUUUGUUUCUAUUAUAAACGUUGAGGGGAUAUUUGGAGGCCUUGAUAAUAUUAUAAGCCUGGAUUUAAGUUCCAAUCUAGUUCAUUCUAUUGUCGGAACUUUUGCAAUUCUGCCUAAUUUAUGCGAAAUUAAUAUUGCUAACAAUCAAUUGAAAACGGUACAUGAAUCUUUAUUUAAAGGACUGUCACAGUUACGCAAACUCAUUAUUGCGAACAAUUCACUAGCCUCGAUUGAUAAGAACGCAUUUUCAGGUCUUGGAGUUAUCAGUCAGUUAGAUCUGUCACAGAACAUGCUAACGCAAUUGGACCCUUAUCAGUUUGUUGAUUUAUUUAAGUUAGCAUACAUCAAUUUAAGCAAUAACCAUAUCACGACAUUAAAUGAAAGCAUUUUCGAACAUAACAUGGCUUUAGAACACAUUAUAUUAAGCCACAAUGGAUUAUCAGAUGUAGGUAAUCUAAUUUUAAAUUCGACUAACAUUAUGUCAAUUAAUAUCUCGAACAAUUAUUUGAACUAUUUUCCAACUCUGAUAUCUAAAGAAAGACCACCUUGCACUGAAGAUUUGUUUUCAAAACUACUUUGUAUAAAUGGAAGUUCUAACCAAAUAAUAUCACUGAGUUUACAAUGUUUAUCAGGUAUUCAAUUCUUAGAUUUUUCUGACAAUAUGUUAACACAGUUGCCUUCACUGUAUAAGUUACCAAUGCUGCGGGAAGUAAGUUUACGGCACAACAAAAUUAAACAUGUAGACGUAACAUAUGUUGAAUUAAGAGCGUUAACAAUAUUGGACCUAGGGGAAAACCUAAUUGAAAGUGUCUCUCCAAAGAUUUUUCCUGAAUCGCUGAAAAUUCUUUAUCUUGACCAUAACAAACUCAAGAUAUUCAAUAGCAUGGACUUGUCAUAUUUCUCAAAUCUAACAUUAAGAGACAAUCCAUUGGAAUGUUCGUGUGAAAACGAGCAUUUAUUUACCUGGAUCCGAACCCAACACACAACUAGCCUCUGUAGUUGUUAUCUUGAUCAUAGUUGUUGUCAUUGUCUUCAAAUUUCGGUACGAAAUCCAGGUUAUAGCCUUUUACAAAUGGCACAUUCGUCUCGACUUUGUAGUAAAUUGCGGAAAGUGCAGACGCAAGAAACCUGAGGCCUGCUAUACGUAUGACGCUUUUGUGUGCUUCACUGAUGAGGAUACUACGUUUGUUAAAGAUACAUUAGUGCCUUUGUUAGAGCCAGAAUUUAAACUUUGUGUUUAUUAUAGAGACUUUAAAGUUGGCGAUAAUAUU